AUAUGUUAAAACUAAAACACUGUUCACACGAGUGAAACCAGCUUCGGUAUCACCCGUCCAUCUCCAUACUGCUAUCAACACAUAUUGGGUAAAUUUGGGUAGCAGACACGGAAUAAUAGCGAGAGGGGAAAAAGCAUGUUAGGGAGUGUUUUUUGGAGCAACUGUUCAAAUUGUAUCUUUUGACGGCUAACGUUAAGCUAGCAUCACCGGACUCGUGAAUUGGUCAACUCGUGCUUCCGCUAAAUGCUGUGUGUUCCGUAUCUCCACCCAUGAACUGCCUUGAAUUUCACCACGAUACGCCCUGUGUUUCGACUAAAGUACAGUAGCAAUGUGUUGACUAGCAGAACGGAACCUCGUUAACCUUUUGUACACACACAGUGUGUAUUAUCGAAUGUACUUCGACCAAACGGUAACAAAGUGUUGACUUGACCCCAAGUUUAACCUGCGUUUUUUUUCCUACUUGCAUAAUAUUCAACGAGCAUUGUUAGCGGGAGCUUAACAUCUAAGAUUCUAAUUUCCAACAACUGCUUGUCUCUAAUUGUGUCCAUAAAGCCAUUGGAACUUGAUUCAAACAAGUAGAACUGGAUUUAGAAGAAUCCGCGGUGCGAAGGUCGAGUUACAGCCCUAAUCCAACAACUCACCCGGUUCAGAUAAGGUUUCAGGGGGACAGGUUAUAUACUCAGGCUGUGGACAACACCCAUGUAAGCAGACCAUGGAGGACCUGGGACAGAUCUGAGGAAGAGUAGGACAGACGUUGCUGCAAUGGGGUGUCAGCGGAACGGUUUCAAGAAGGAAAGCUUCAUUUUGUCGGUGGACGUCGGGACAACAUCGAUCAGAUGUCACGUCUACGACAAGGAGGCGAACAUCCAAGGAAGAUGCACUACCAAGGUUGUCCCCUUGUAUCCAGAGGUAGGGUAUGUGGAGAUGGACCCAGAUGCGAUAUGGAAAGGGUUUGUCGCUGUGGUUAAAGGAGCUGUGCAAGAUGCAGGAGUCCAAAUGCGUCAGAUAGACGCCCUGGGCAUCUCCACUCAACGGGGCACCUUCACAACAUGGGACCGGAGAACCGGGGUUCCUUUCCAUAACUUCAUCAGCUGGCAGGACCAGAGGGCUGCAGAUCUGGUGAAAUCCUGGAACAGUUCUUGCACAAUAAAAGCAAUCAAAGGCGUGAUGAAGAUGCUCUACUUUGUGACCAGGCAGAAGCGCCUGCUUGCAGCAAGUCUUAUUACUUUCUCCACUCAACACGUCACCUUCCGCCUCGCCUGGGCCCUAGUACACUACAAGCAGGUUCGUCAAGCAGUAGCUGAAGGCAACUGCUGCUUUGGAACAAUAGACACCUGGCUCCUGUUCAAACUCACCAAAGGUGAGGUGCAUGCCACAGACUACUCUAAUGCCAGUUCAACAGGAAUUUUUGACUCCUAUCAGAUGUGCUGGAGUGAGCUUCUCUGCUCUCUUGUUUCUCUGCCUCUCUCUAUUUUCCCCAAAGUAGAAAACACAGGCCAGGACUUUGGUUCAACAGACCCAUCCAUCUUUGGAGUGUCCAUUCCUAUCAUGUCAGUGAUAGCGGACCAGCAGGCAGCCGUGUUUGGAGAGUGCUGCUUUGACGUUGGUGAUGUCAAAAUCACCAUGGGAACAGGCACCUUCAUGGACAUCAACACCGGAAGCAAACCACAUACAUCCGUAGCAGGUCUGUAUCCUCUGGUGGGUUGGAAGAUCGGCUCAGAGGUGGUGUAUCUGGCGGAGGGCAACUCAGCAGACACAGGCACUGCCAUCAAAUGGGCACAGGAGCUGGAGCUCUUCUCUGACGUCCGGGACACCAGCAGCAUGGCGUGCAGUGUCAGCAACUCAGAUGGAGUGUGUUUUGUUCCUUCCUUCAGUGGUCUACAGGUUCCUCUGAAUGAUCCCAGAGCUUGCGCCUCCCUCAUGGGCCUCAAACCGUCUACCACUAAAAGCCAUCUGGUCCGGGCCAUUCUGGAGUCUGUCGCCUUCAGGAACAAGCAGCUAUAUGAGACGAUGCUGAGAGAAACUCACAUUCCCAUCACAAAGAUCAGGGUGGAUGGCGGUGUUUCAUCCAACGAUUUUGUCAUGCAGCUGACUGCAGACCUGUUUGGCAGAAAGGUAGCCAGACCCCAAAACUGCGAAAUGUCGUGUUUAGGGGCUGCCUUCGUCGCUGGACUCGGAGUGGGCUUCUGGAAGACCAAGGAAGAGCUGAAGAAGCUGCAGAGUACCGACAAGGCCUUCUUGCCCAAAGGAAUUUCAAAAAACGGAACUAUCUGCCCCAGUCAGGAAUACAUCCCUGUCCUCCAGAGCUGGGAGAGAGCCAUCCAACGCUCCAUGAAUUGGUACAAGCCUUGAUAUGGGAUGCACACACGGGGAGAUCAAGGGCUAGACUAAACGGGAAGAUAGAGACAUGAAAGCAAAGACGGGAAAGCAGAUGGUCGUUUUUUAAGAAAAUAAUGUUGUAACUAGGACUGUACCGUAUAGUUUGAAGCGUCAUUCAUAACGUUGACAUUCUAAAUCAACAUUCGAAUGCAGCGCAGCAUUCUAUGUUCUGCGUCUAUGCAUUCUGUUUAAACCUGGUGUUUUUCCACAGUUGCAGAUACAAAUUAAUCCCCUUUAAUAUAGUGGCUGCGUAGGAUUGUCUCCGACUCGUGUGAACGAGCGUGUUUCUGUUGUAGCGUAAUGUUGCCCUUUUUAUGCCCUUAUUGGAUUAGCCCGCUGCCUACAGGAAGGUACCUUGACAAAACCAACGAGCUGUAUUCAUUAAAGAGAGUGGAUUUAAUAUAAAGACAAACAUUUAUUCCAACAAAUUACUUUAUUUAAAAAGAAUGUAGGUUGAUGAUUCGAAGUAUCAUUCGAAAACCUCAAUAGAAGCUUUGAAUGUAACAAUGUGACAUUCGGUACAGCCCUAGAUUUAAGAUAGGACGACCAUCAGCUGUGUCUGAACUCAUUUAAAGGUAAAUCUUAAAUGAUUUGGUGAUGGUGACUUGGUGUGCUGCCCAACCUUUAACAGCAGCCACUUAGGUUCAUGUUUUUGUUACACUGUAUGUAUUUGAUCCGGUUACUUAUAAUUGAUUGGUUUGUAGACGGGCUCCCCCGUCCUCUCCUGUCCUCUCUAUGUGUCUGAGUUUUUUCUACGGGCUGCUGCUCUCCCCUCCUGCCACGACUGCUUUUGUUUUGUUGCGAUGUCGAGAAGCGAGACACAGGAACUUCCUUUCUGGAGCAUUUAUUCAGAGACAAACAGAAACUGUCCUACCACUUAACAAUUAAACUGCUAAUGUAUUCUCUGCUCUGAUGGCCGACAGCAGUCUGCUCUGAGCGCAUUCACCCUCACUCACUCUCUCACGUAGCACUACCGAGCUAUUCCUUAAAGGAGCCUCCCCGGUCUUGUAACACAAGGAGAGCCUGCCAGAGCUUCUUGUAUUUGGUCCGACAGUCUGAACCAUCCAAAAAACGCUUUCACGCUAUAAACAAACUGGACCAUGGUUCAGUUUGGUCCGGACCACCUCUUUAAAUCAGACUACAAUCAGUUUUUUUUUUAUUUAGACCGUGGUCAGGGGGAGGUUUCACACCUGUAAUUUUGGUUCGGAUCAAACUGAACAGUCCGAAUGUCCGGACCAAAUUAGGUAGGUGUGGCAGUGCCCAGGAGGUGAACUGGCACCUCUCCUGUCCACCACUAUACUUUGGUCCGUAUGUGGACUUGAACUGGCGACCCUACGGUUCCCAUCCCAACUCCCUACUACUGCCACCCCCCAACCACGAUAGCACUGAUAACUGUGGUAAUGAGCAGGAUUGUGGGAAAGGUCCAGUACCGGUGUGAUCCAGGCCAUAGCGCCGCCCGUCGGCCACAUUCCCAUCCUCUGUUGCUACCUCGUACUGAAGUUACUACACCUUUUUCUUCACGCCAUAGCAACCGUAUCCUUUAUUGAGUCCACAUCCUAAGCCUCUGGUGCCUUUUCAUAUUACAGUAUUUAUCUGGCUGGAAUAAUAUUUGUACAUUUUCCCACAUGGGGGCGCUAAUGACCGGCUUUACAGCUUCUUAAUUUAUAAACCAUCAUAGCAACCGCACACAACAUGGUUAGAGGGAUUGAAAUCAUUGAUAUCAGAUUUGCACAUGAUCAUCUGUGAGGACAAAAACAAUAGACACUUGGAGAGCUCUAAAUACGAAGACAAAUUUCAAGUUUUUGUUGUGUCCAACAUUCAACAAACAUGGUUUAAUUUUUGCCUUCUUUACAGGCCUGUUUUUUCUAGAUUUCUUUUAUUCACACAUGUUACCUUCUGGUAUUCUGGAGCUGCUUUAUUUUUAUAAUCCUAUUCUAGCUGCACAGUUUACACAGUUACAUAAACAAAUCUUUAAACUGAAUACAAUAAUGUAAUGUGAUGGUGAUAUUGUUUAAAUGUGACUGGAACAAAAACUAAUUGCAUAUGCUUUGCUCUGUGAAGGGAAUCCAUUCUGGAUUUUGGUAUUUUAGCAUCUCAUCUUCUUGUCACAUCUCCAUUGGAAUUUCUUUGGAAAAGAUUGAGUUUGACUGUGAGAAGGAUUUUUUUUUUUAUUAUUGGUAUGUGUUGGGAAUUUAAACAUUUAGCCUUGCUGCAAUAGCUGUCAUAAAUAAAUGUAAAAAAAUCAUCUAACACAUUAAUCUCAAAUGUUGCAGUGGAGCAUGAUGUGUGGAAGAAGUGGAUCAGGGAUAUAAAUAUUAACUGAAACACCUAACACUGAACCUGAAACCUAAUUAGGAUACAUCAGACUGUGUAUUUCUUGUCAAUCUGUUGUGUAUCUAUUAUUUUCAGCUAUUAGUUAGUGUUUAUUGUUAAAUUGUUCCAUGGGAGACCGCCAUGUUGACAAAAUUACAAACAAAAUGAUGAAAUGCUAUCAAAUGACUAAACUGUAAACAAUGAAUCUUAUUCUAGAUGUAUUCUACUUGCAGGGUAUUAUUAUGUUUUUGCCUUUCCCCAUAUUUUAAUAUCAAUUUGUUU